UCUAGUUCCGGACGCGGCGGCUACCGCCGCCAUCUGUCACCUUAGCUCCGGUACCGGCAGCCGGCCGUCCCUGCCCCACCUCUCUUCUCAGAAGAGCCUGCUUGCCAACCUGCCACCGCUCUGCUGAGUUCUUGUCGCUGCCUUCUUCAAUGGAUCCGGUCGGAGUGGCAUCGCCUGAGCCAGGGCCAGCAGCGGCCUGGGGAUCCAGCAAAUGUCCAUGGGCCACUCCUCAAAAUACAAUGUCCUGUUCUUUGGCUGAUGUCAUGAGUGAACAGUUGGCUAAAGAAUUGCAGUUAGAAGAAGAAGCUGCUGCUUUUCCUGAAGUGACUGUUGCUGACGGACCAUUUAUAUCUGGAGAAAACAUUGACACUUCCAGUGACCUAAUGCUGGCUCAGAUGCUACAGAUGGAAUUUGACAGAGAAUAUGAUGCACAGCUGAGGCGUGAAGAAAAAAAAUUCAAUGGAGAUAGCAAAGUUUCUAUUUCUUUUGAAAAUUAUCGAAAAGUGCAUCCCUUUGAAGACAGUGAUAGCUCUGAAGAUGAGGUUGACUGGCAGGACACUCGUGAUGAUCCCUACAUACCAGCAAAACCUGUUCCUACCCCCAAAAAGGGUUUUAUUGGAAAAGGAAAAGACAUCACCACCAAACAUGAUGAAGUAGUGUGUGGGAGAAAGAACACAGCAAGAAUGGAAAAUUUUGCACCUGGGUUUCAGGUUGGAGAUGGAAUUGGAAUGGAUUUAAAACUCUCAAACCACGUUUUUAAUGCUUUGAAACAACAUGCCUACUCAGAGGAGCGCCGAAGCGCCCGUCUCCAUGAGAAGAAGGAGCAUUCUACUGCAGAAAAAGCAGUCGAUCCUAAGACACGUUUACUUAUGUACAAAAUGAUCAACUCUGGAAUGUUGGAGACAAUCACUGGCUGUAUUAGUACAGGAAAGGAAUCUGUUGUCUUCCAUGCGUAUGGAGGGAGCAUGGAAGAUGAAAAAGAAGAUAGUAAAGCUAUACCUACAGAAUGUGCCAUCAAGGUAUUUAAAACAACCCUUAAUGAGUUUAAGAAUCGUGACAAAUAUAUUAAAGAUGAUUUCAGGUUUAAAGAUCGCUUCAGUAAACUAAAUCCACGUAAGAUCAUCCGCAUGUGGGCAGAAAAAGAAAUGCACAAUCUCACAAGAAUGCAGAAAGCUGGAAUUCCUUGUCCAACAGUUGUACUGCUCAAGAAACACAUUUUAGUUAUGUCUUUUAUUGGCCAUGACCAAGUUCCAGCCCCUAAAUUAAAAGAAGUAAAGCUCAGUAGUGAAGAAAUGAAAGAAGCUUACUACCAAACUCUUCAUUUGAUGCAGCAGUUGUAUAAUGAAUGUACUCUUGUACAUGCUGACCUCAGUGAGUAUAACAUGCUGUGGCAUGCCGGGAAGGUCUGGUUGAUCGACGUCAGUCAGUCCGUAGAACCAACCCACCCUCAUGGCUUGGAGUUUUUAUUCCGUGACUGCAGGAAUGUCUCCCAGUUUUUCCAGAAAGGAGGAGUGAAGGAAGCACUUAGUGAACGAGAACUGUUCAAUGCUGUUUCGGGCUUAAACAUCUCAGCAGAUAAUGAGGCGGAUUUCCUAGCGGAGAUAGAAGCUUUGGAGAAGAUGAAUGAAGACCACGUUCAGAAGAACGGAAGGAAAGCGGCUUCAUUUCUGAAAGAUGACGGAAGCCCUCCAAUACUGUGCGAUGAAUAGCAGCAGUCCCCACUGCUCUCGGCGGUAACGCGGCGGUCACUGGCGCCUGCCAAGAGCCAGUGGAGUCAUGGGUGACUGACAUGCCAAGACACGAGGAGGCGUGUACACUGGUGCUUCUGUGCUUCCCUCGUCACUCACGUGCCGAAUGUGUGGAAUGUUUAGCUCAACAUCGAGAGAAUAAAAUGUCACUACCUCUCACCUGAACAGGAUAAUAGAGUUCUUUAACAGCUCUAGGUUGUCUAGCUGAAGUGGAUCUAAUUUUACAGGACUCAUGGCAUAAAAUGUUUUGAUGAGAAUUGUAAAAACUUAGCCAGCUCUUCUAGAUACAGGGGACAGGACAGAUGUGUUUACCCAGGGAGGUUCAAUGACAGCCUACUUGGUUUUUUCACCUCCUGGUUUUGUGUUGCGUCUUUCCUCAAAUAUUUUAUUGGCCUAAAUUAGCCCUUCUCAGUUCUUUUUCCAAACUGCAAAUACGAUUCUGUAGGAAAAUUUCUUCUCCCUAGUGGAUAUUAUUAAUGGAAAUUUGUUUUCAGAAUGACUGCGGGAAACAUACAAUGUACUUUUUAUUGAUACAUCAUGAAAAUGGACUAAAUUCUAUUUUUUUCCAUGUUCAUAUCAAAGAAAUGGCAUCAUAGAGAUAAAUAUAGGAGAACUUCAUUACCCACAGUUUUAAAUUUCACUUUUUUAGCUUUUUUACAUUUAGGUAAAGGGUUAGGAUGUAGCUCACUGUGGCUGCUCUACAUUUAUAAUGAAAUAUGCAUUAUCUGGAAUGACGGACUUAACCAUGUCUGACGUAUUUUAAUGAAAUCAAUGAGACAUAUUUUAGUUUACAUCUCACUAAAACUGUAUUUAUUGAUUUUGAGAGAAACAUAGCUAACCAAUGAGAAGUAUUAAAUAAUCAAAGGGUGAAAACAAUUCAGAUACCAAAUCAACCCACUGAUUGGAACCAUCCAGCCUCACUGUUAGUAGUUGUUAGUGCCGGCAGGAUAGCACUUUGAGAAAGCAAGCACUGCCCUGGAAAAGGCCCUGGCUUUGUUGGGACUGCAGGGUCGUCAUUCCUCCUACCACUACAGAUCCAGCUUUCGGUCUGGUCAUAGAAAGUAAGUCUGGACAUCAUUUACAUGUGAAGACUUCCCUUUUAACAGUACGCUAAGAGGCCAGAUAUGUUCUUUCUAGAAAAAUAUUUAUUUUUGUUUCUGUGUUACAGCUUUUAACUGCAUUUCCGAGAAGUGUGGUUUUGGGUGGAUACACAUUAUAUUUCUGAAAUGUUUACUGCUCUGAAACAAAGAUGUAAAUGGUGAUUACUGGCUUUACAGAAAUUUCAGAGAACUAAUUUUUAUUAUCAUUAACCAUUUAAAACUUUUUUGUUUUGUUUUCUGACAUACUCUGACAAAAAGCAGCAAACCUUUGCUGUGUGGCAUUCUUAGAGUGUGCUGUGAAUGUGCUUUUUAAGAAAUUAAAAGUGCAGAGAUCAUUUUAGAA